AUGAUGCAAAGAUUUGUCGCCGACCUGUGGGGAAUCGGAACGCCAAGCACCAGCCCUGUCCCCUCGGCUGACUGGUCGGCCAGCGAAGUCAAGCGACAUGUCGCAGAUGUCCUCGUCACCAAGUUCUGCCGGACUGCCGACGAUGCGAGAGAGAUUGCGGCGCAUUGGGGAUCAGGCACUGGCCGGGAACUCUUAACUGCGAGCGCGGAACGCUUGCAGUCGCUGUUUGGCGUGGACGUGGGCGACUGCCUGUUCAAGAUGCUGAGGAGCGAGAGCUGCGCGCUCCAGCCAUGCCUCAAGCCAGCCGGCGCGUGGGCCGCCGUCGAGGGAGCGGCAUAG